CCUUUUCUCCACUUCAGGCCAGCCCAUGAACCUGGGGUCAGCGGAGGAGGAGCUGAGCUGUCUCUGUGAAGAACUAACAACAGCUCCAGACCCUGAGGCUCUGUUUCAGGCAUCUUCCAAAAUGGCCAGGGUUGUUAGUGAGUACUUCCCUUCCGAACAGGCUACAGACUUUAUUGAGACCACAAUGGAUAGUAUGCUGUCUGCUAACCCCACCUGUGCCACGGCAGCUGGGCUAUGGAUGAAGAUCAUCCUAAAGGAGUGUGGAGAUGCCAUGCUGGACCAGGUGCCAGCUAUCCUGGAUAUAAUAUAUAGCCACAUGUCUAAUAUCCAGGAGGGCAGCUUGAGGCAGUUCCUGCUGGAGGCAGUGCCCAUUCUAGCUCACCAGCACCUAGAGGCAGUGAUCUCCAGCCUCCUCAGCAAACGUCUGCCGAUGGACAGUGACACCACUGAGCUGUGGAGAUCUCUGGGGGGAGACCCCUUGCUUGCCACUCAAGUCCUACAGGUCCUAAUAGAAAAAAUAAAGACGUUAACAAGCCAAGAAGGAAGCGUCACCUCAGAGACUGAAACGGACAGGCAUUUGGCAGUUGCUGAACCUCUCUCAGCAACAUGUGCCAUCUUUGAGGUGGUAUCAGCACUGCAGUCGAGCAAAGCUGUGCAGGAGCUGCUCCCAGAGUUGUUUCCUGUUCUCCUGCAGCAGGUCAGCCGAACUUUAGGCCAAAAGAUGCCUUUGCCAGUGAUCAGCAGUCAGGAGUCAUUCCAAAAAGACCGACAACAUACUGAAGGCAACCCUUGCCGAUUUUCUGUCCAAGCAUUUGAAUCCAUGCUUUCCAAAGUUGGGAAUGUGAGACUGAUGAGAGAACUCAGGGAGCAGGGAACGUGGAUUCUACUUGAAAACCCCCAGACUCACUAUGAGGGAGUGUGUCUGCUGGUGAGAGUUCUGCUAAGAUCUGAACUAGUAACACCUGAGAUCAUCCAGAGCCUCCUCGCCUGGGUGAAUUCCCCGACAGAAAACUAUCGAGUCACCAGCACAGCUUUCCUUGCCCAGCUAAUGAGUGAUCCCAUGCUCAGGGAGAAGAAGUUCCUUAAGAGUGUCUUACGCGUCUUGGAAGAAAGGUCACAGGAUAGGAACAGCAUUGUCCGUCAGAUGGCUGUAAGAGGCCUAGGAAAUAUAGUCGAUGGGGCGCCUCAGAAGGUGAAAAAGCACAAGAAGUUUCUUCUGGACAUACUGAUCCGGGCCUUACAUGACAUUUUCAGUUCUGAAGUCAUUGGCGAGAGCAUGAAUGCACUGGCCAAAGUCCUGAAGACGCUGAAAGAGAAGGACAUCGGUUCUUCCUUCAGAGACCUCACCCAACAGACCCGGACCUACUUUGACGAUGAGGAUGAUGCUCUUCGCUCAGUGGCCUUUGUCCUAUUUGGCAUCCUGGCUCAGUUGACAAAGAAAAAAUGGAAGGCCUAUUUCACCGAGCAGGUUCGAAAGAGCUGGGUCACGCUUCUGCUGCACCUGCAAGACCCAAACCCCCAGGUUUCAAUGAAAUGCAGAGCUACAUUUCACCUCUGUUUCCCGUUUUUGGGACUGAAGAGACUCCAACAUGUGAUUAAUAAGCACCUUGAUGACACAGCCAAGCUGAAUCCUACAGAACUCCAGGAGGACAUUUGCAGACACCUUGCCAAAGAGAAUUUAGAACUGCUGGAGAACUUAUACAAAACCACCCUCACGUACUUCUACAGCAGCUGGGAAGGGAUCCGGGCAGCUGCCGCCAAGUUAGCUGGCAUCAUCCUGGAACACAUAGACAUGCACCUUAUGAAGUGGCUGUACCGGGGAUAUCUGCUGAUGUAUCUCCAGGUCCUAGAGAAAGAUCCAAGUCCCACUGUCCAGCUGGUGGCAACUGAGAUCAUAAGUGACAUCCGUUCUGGUGGAGUGCUUGAGAAAUGAAGCGGAACGGAGACAAACAGAACAAGGCGCUCCAGUAGUAUAAGGGCCCUACCAUUAAUCAAAUGUUAAUCCCACCCCUUGACCCAAUAAGCCCUGCCCACCGGUCAGCAGAAGACCCACCCCGUGGGGUAUUACUUCUGGGGCCAAGGUGGACACAUGACCAGAAGCAAUAUGUGUCAUGUGACCCCUCUAAGAAUUCCUCUCACUGUCCUCUACGAAUCAGGAUGGGUUUCGCCCCAAUAGGAAUGCCCCAAGAGAAGAUUUGACCAAUCAGGGGGAGCUCCGGGGCAGGUGACCUGUCUGGAAGUGAUUUGUGUGACCCCUCUAAGAACUCCUCCCACCGCCGUCUACUGAUCAGGAGGGGUUUCAGCCACUGGGGAUCACCCCAAGAGGAGAUUUGACCAACGAGGGGGAAUUCUGGGGUGGGGUGACCCAUCCAGAAGUGCUUCAUGUGACCCCUCUAAGAACUCCUCCCACCACCCUUUACCAGUUGUGAUGGGUUUCAGCUGCAGAGGACUGCCCCAAGAGGAGAGUUGACCAAAAUAGGGUAGGUUCUCGGAAGGAGUGAACCGUCCAGAAGAGGGUCAUGUGACCCCUCUAAGAACUCUUUCCAAUGUCCUCUGCCAGUCAGAGUGCAGCACAAUCACCCCAUAAAUCCCAGCGCUGGGCAGAGGAGGCCAUCUCUUACCAAGGAGACAUGUUUUAUGAAUUAUGGAAAGGCUGAGAGGAGACAUGGACUCCUUUACCACCCCCCUGAGAACUUGGGACUUUGUUUUAGCCCUGAGGACCUUUGGGCUUGUAUGGAUAAAGCGCUAUAGCAGUGACAGUUCCGAGGUGGGCCCUUUGACUCGACCAUUCAUAAAUACCUCAGAACCCGACCCCGAACCCUCAUGACAGGGCCGGCUCCAGACACCAGCCCACCAGGCACAUGCUUGCGGCGGCCCCUCGGGACAGGGCAGCACUCGGGCUCGACGAUGCCUUUCAAGAGGCCUUUGAGAACUUACACAUCGGUAGCCCUGUCGUUCAUCAGCUGUUUUUGUUCCUGUCUGAGACGCAGAUCUCAAGAGGAAAAUCCGGAAAAGGACAAAAUAGAAAAAUGAACUGGAUCAGAGUCCCUCAUUGUAAGGGUCAUGGUGUCCAUUUUUACAGACAGCUGUCAAAGGUUGUGUUAAACCAGGCAAUUAAUUAAACUUAUUUAAAUGUGUCCAUA